UGUGCACUUUUCAGCACUGAUCAAUCAACAGGCCAGCUCUGCAAACAAGCAAUGGUAAAGUUCACCAAAGCGUCUGAGACCCUUAGAAAGCAUGACCAACAGGAAUGUCAUAAGGUCUGCUGUACCAGGGCCAGCCAUUUCAUUGCAACCAGGAGACAUGGUCAGGCAAAUAUUCUUCAGCUUGUCGUAGACCAAGGGAGUAAGCAAAAACAGGAAAAUAUAGCCAAGCUUUGUGCCUUGAUCAAGACUGUAGAGUUUUGUGGACGCCAGAACAUUUCUUUGCGUGGCCACAGAGAGAAAGGAUUUACUUGGGACCCCAACGAACAGUUAGCAUGUAAUCCUGGAAACUUUCUAGCUCUAUUGCGUUUUCGUGUGGACGCAGGUGAUGAACACUUGUUGAGGGACUUCCAUAUGUCUCAGUCUGCUCGAGGACUACGUGCGUCUUACCUGAGCCCAACAAUACAGAACGAGUUGAUUGAGUGCUGUGGGAAGGUUAUACAAGAAGACAUAUUGAGAGAUGUCAGAAAAGCACCAUUUUUCUCAGUGUGUGCAGACGAAUCUGCUGAUGCCAGCAACCAAGAACAGUUGCCCCUGGUUCUUCGUUUCGUCGAUGAGUCUGGACUCAUUCGUGAAGAGUUGGCUGAAUUUCUCUGUUGCUCUGAUGGCACCACCGGGCUAGCUUUAGCUAAUCUGCUACUGACCACAAUGACGGAAAUGGGCUUGCAGCCAAAAGAGAAGCUUCGUGGACAAGGCUACGACGGUGCAGGGAAUAUGGCUGGACCUUUGCAGGGUUGUGCAAGCAGAGUAACUGCAGAAUGCCCAAAAGCGCUGUACCUCCAUUGCAGUGCACAUUGUCUCAACCUGUGUAUAAUAAGGCUAAGCAAACUGCCUUUCAUCCAGUCUAUGUGGUCAUCAUUGUUAGACGUCAACAUCUUUUUCAAAUAUUCACCAAAGCGUGCUCAUGCUAUGGCUGAGAUAGUUCAUGAAUGGCGUCAAGGAGAGGGUGGCGACUCAAAGAAAAAGUUGGUUGAUUUGUGCAAAACAAGGUGGGUAGCGCGACAUGAAGCCCUUGUCGUGUUUGCUGAGCUUUAUCCAGCUGUUUUAACGACGUUGGAGACAAUCAGCAGAAACAGGGGUGGAACAGUUACAUGGAACGCUACUAGCUCCUCCUCUGCUACAUCUCUCCACAAUAACCUAACCCAGUUCCGAUUUCUUGCAACAUUUGUGAUAACAUCAAAAUUGAUGGCUGCAAUUCAAAGCCUAACAUCAAGUCUCCAAGAGAAAGCCACAGAUGUUGCAAAGGCUUACAAACACGUCGCUAGAGUCAUCUCCGUUCUUCAAGAUAUGCGGGACAACAUCAACGACAGGCAUGGUGAAUGGUGGACAGACGUUCAGGCUUUGUGUCUGAAGACUGGAGUGCAAGAGAGUCUCCCAAGAUAUUGCAGUAGGCAGACGUACCGUGGGAACAUUCCAGCGCAAACGCCAGUUGACUACUAUCGCCUGAACGUGAGUAUACCGCUACUAGAUGACAUUAUUUCGCAAAUGAAUAUCCGGUUUGGAAACCUUCAACAACUAGCUAUGAAAGGAAUGUCAUUUAUGCCGACGAUUUUGCUACGUGAUGCUUCAGCCAAAGCAGAUAUUCUUGAAUUUGGAAAGGCAUAUCAAAGUGAUUUUCCUACUGCGAGUCCGAACUUGGAUGCGCUGUCUGCAGAAAUUGACUUGUGGAUUGCCAUACUGAAAUCACUGCCCAUUUCAGAGCACCCCGCUACUGUAGCAGAAGCGUUGCGUUUGGCAAUGGGUAAUCCACUAAUUCCAACUGUGUCGAGGCUAUUGCGCCUUGUCUGCACCUGGCCUGUGACGUCCUGUGAGUGCGAGCGGUCUAUAAGUGCUCUCAAUCGCGUCAAGACAUCUCUCCGGGCAUCCAUGUCGCAGAUCCGAUUCAACGGACUUGUCAUGCUGCAUGUCCAUUACAACAGGAAGUUGUCACACUUGGACGUGAUCCGCUUAUUUUCUGCCAGGAACCCGAGAAAGAUUAUUCUCCCAAACUUUGGAGAGCCAUACUCAGACAGUGAACUAGCUAACACUUUUGUACUGGAUACUGAUUCACCAGAAGACACGUGGGACACUGAGCUAGACAGCUAAAUGACUUAGUUUACAAUUUUGAAGUUGUGUGAAACGUUUAUGCUAUUAUCAUAUUCACUACAGAUAUCAAGCUCGUAAGAUU